CUUUUUUGCAUUUACAUGGAGACUCCCUCCAUCUUUUUAGCUUUAUAGUGAAUUGUCAGUGCCCAGUUCCUAGUAGAUGGUAAAAAGAAUUGCCCUUUCCCUGUUAUCCUGUCCUGUGGGAAGCCUUUGUGGUUAGAUUCAGUCUCCCAUUGUUGCUAGUUGCAGUUGUCUCCUCCCUCCAUGCCCUUCCCGCCCCACAACUCUGGCUCUUCCCCUGUCCCUCCCAUUCUUGUAUCACUUGCCCCACAGAUGCCCUUGUGAUUGCUGGAGGUUGAGUAUGCUGUCUGCUCUCUGGCACAGCUGGCUAUUCUAGUCACAGGGGAAAAGAGAAGAGAGUUACUGAAGUUCUGGAUGGAAUGAUAGAAGAUGUUUGAGACAUAUUAAAAAAAUAGCAGCUGCAACAACAACAGAAGUACCGUAUAAUUCAAACAAGCUUCUUAGUUUUGUGGGAUCCAUGUUAGUUGCUUAGAACCUGAGUUUUUACUUCAGAGGAUGAUGGGACAAGGAAAUAGAAGGCAAGAAGGUUGCGUUGGAUUCUUGCUUAUCUGUCUGCCUCUCCUUCCAGUUGGAAGAAUCUUCAAUCCACAAGAAGCAUUGUAAACAAGCCUAACGAACACGUCCUACCCUGAUCUGGAUACUGUUGGAGUUGAGGAUUACAGCCAGUUCACCAGGAUUUUAUGGAGGCAGUUCAAGAAAAAUAGAAGGAAGCAAUAACUUAAGGAUUUUUCUGUUUGUAUUAGUCCUGUGCUAUGUUAAAUUGUGGACAUUAUUUGGAACAAGUAGGAGACGGCUCUGUCAUGUGGAUCUAAGAAGAUACCUGAGUUCCUUGAGCUACAUAUAUGAUGUUUGGAAGGUUAUAAACUCAAAAUCUUUCAACAUAAAUUCAUUAAAUUCUGGAUUAUCUUUCUAUUAAGGACUUCACCAGACAGAAACUCCCUCCCCAAAAGAUACAAAACCUUCUCUGUGUUUUCAGACUAAAUGUGAACAAUAAUGUCUUGGAAGAGAAAUUAUUUUUCAGGAGGCCGUGGUAGUGUCCAAGGGAUGUUUGCACCUCGAAGCUCAACCUCCAUAGCCCCUAGCAAAGGCCUCAGCAAUGAGCCAGGGCAAAACAGCUGCUUCCUCAACAGUGCCUUGCAGGUUUUAUGGCACUUGGACAUCUUCCGACGUAGCUUUAGGCAACUUACAACUCACAAAUGCAUGGGAGAUUCCUGUAUCUUUUGUGCUCUCAAGGGAAUCUUUAACCAGUUUCAGUGUAGUAGUGAAAAAGUGCUUCCAUCUGACACUGUUCGCAGUGCUCUGGCAAAGACAUUCCAGGAUGAACAGCGUUUCCAGCUGGGAAUUAUGGAUGAUGCUGCGGAGUGCUUUGAAAAUCUCCUGAUGAGAAUUCACUUCCACAUUGCUGAUGAAACCAAAGAGGAUAUAUGUACUGCCCAACACUGCAUCUCCCACCAGAAAUUUGCAAUGACUUUGUUUGAGCAGUGUGUAUGUACUAGCUGUGGCGCCACUUCUGAUCCACUGCCUUUCAUCCAGAUGGUGCAUUACAUCUCCACCACUUCCCUUUGCAAUCAGGCUAUUUGUAUGCUGGAAAGACGAGAAAAACCCUCACCAAGCAUGUUUGGUGAGCUGCUGCAGAAUGCCAGCACCAUGGGGGAUCUGCGGAACUGUCCGAGCAACUGUGGAGAGAGGAUUCGGAUUCGCCGUGUGUUGAUGAACGCUCCACAGAUUAUCACGAUUGGACUGGUGUGGGACUCAGACCACUCAGACUUGGCAGAGGAUGUCAUCCACAGCCUGGGCACUUGCCUUAAACUGGGUGAUCUGUUUUUCAGAGUGACAGAUGACCGGGCCAAACAGUCUGAACUGUACUUAGUAGGAAUGAUCUGUUACUAUGGCAAACAUUAUUCUACAUUCUUUUUCCAAACAAAGAUCCGCAAAUGGAUGUAUUUUGAUGAUGCUCAUGUCAAGGAGAUUGGACCCAAAUGGAAGGAUGUGGUGACCAAAUGCAUCAAGGGUCAUUAUCAGCCUUUGCUACUGCUUUAUGCAGACCCUCAGGGUACCCCAGUGUCUACCCAGGACCUGCCUCCCCAGGUUGAGUUCCAGUCGUACAGCAGGAUGUGCUACGAUAGUGAAGAUUCAGGGAGGGAGCCCUCCAUCUCAAGUGAUACUCGAACAGAUUCCUCAACGGAGAGCUAUCCCUACAAAAACUCCCACCAUGAGUCUGUGGUCAGUCACUUCUCUUCUGAUUCUCAGGGGACAGUCAUCUAUAAUGUGGAGAAUGAUUCCACGUCUCAGAGCAGUCGGGACACAGGGCACCUGACUGAUACUGAAUGUAAUCAGAAACUCACAUCCAAGAAAGGGUCAUUGAUCGAGCGCAAGAGGAGCUCUGGCAGGGUUAGGAAGAAAGGCGAUGAGCCACAGGCCUCAGGGUACCACAGUGAAGGAGAAACAUUGAAAGAGAAGCAAGCUCCUAGGAAUGCCUCUAAACCAUCCAGCAGCACGAACAGACUGAGGGAUUUUAAAGAAACAGUCAGCAAUAUGAUCCACAACAGACCAUCCCUGGCUUCUCAUACCAAUCUAGGAUCUCCCUAUGGGGGGAGGGGAGGAGACCAGACUGACAAAAAACCCCCUAGGAACCUGCCUCUACACUCUCAUGACUGGGAAGUAGAGAGUACCAGCAGUGAGUCAAAAUCCAGUUCUUCUAGCAAGUAUCGUUCAACAUGGAGACCCAAACGAGAGUCUCUAAAUAUUGACAGUAUCUUUAGUAAGGACAAAAGAAAGCACUGUGGCUAUACCCAGCUUAGCCCCUUUUCUGAGGAUUCAGCUAAAGAAUUUACACAAGAUGAACGAAGCAAGCCACCUGCUUACGACGUUAAACCUGGUGGACCAAGCCCCCAGCACAAGCCCUGGGGCCCAGCACGGCCAGGCUCUCACCUUUUAGAACAGCACCCUCGCCUAAUUCAGCGAAUGGAAUCAGGCUAUGAGAGCAGUGAGAGGAACAGCAGCAGCCCUGUCAGCCUGGAUGCAGCCCUUCCUGAGAGCUCCAGUGUCUGCAGGGAUCCAAGUGCUAAGAGAUCAGCUGGAUUGGCACCUUCCUGGCAUCACAUCCCAAAGUCUCACAGCAGUAGCAUCCUGGAGGCGGACUCCACAGCAUCCAGGAGUGGUUGGACAAAGAAUCAGCCCAUUGCAGGUGGGGAGAUAUCUUCCAAAAGCGAACUGGAUGAAUUGCAGGAAGAGGUGGCCAGGAGGGCCCAGGAACAGGAACUUCGAAGGAAACAGGAGAAGGAAUUAGAGGCAGCUAAAGGGUUUAACCCUCAUCCCAGCCGCUUCCUGGACUUGGAUGAACUGCAGAAUCAGGGGAGGAGUAACGGCUUUGAGAGGUCCCUGCAAGAGGCAGAUUCAGUGUUUGAAGAGUCGCUGCAUCUGGAACAGAAGGGAGACUAUGCUGCAGCUUUGGCUGUCUGUAAUGAAGCUAUCUCUAAACUAAGACUUGCCCUGCAUGGUGCCAGCUCUAGCACGCACAGCAGAGCCCUAGUCGAUAAGAAGUUGCAAAUCAGUAUUCGAAAAGCGCGGAGCCUGCAGGAUCGCAUGCAGCAGCAGCAAGCAUCGCAGCAGCCGUCGCAGCCCUCAGCCUGCCUCCUCACACAGGGGGAGGCCCUCCCUCAGACAACAAGUGAACAGCCUAUCCCGCUCCAAGUAUUGUUAAACCGGGAGGCCCAACUGGAACCCUGCACAACUACAGAGUUUGGGGCCAGUUCUUUCGUCCGCUCACCUGCUUCCUGCCAUGAGUUGCGCUCAUCACUAUUCCCAGAGUCAUCUGCCCUGUCUGCUCCACAGCACAAUUCCCCCAAUAAGUCUGCCUCAAACCUUCUGACUUCAGCUGAGGUGGAUAGCACUGACCCCUCUGCAUUCCAUAGGUCGGGCUUACCUAAAACACUAGGGAGGACUGAGAAGAAUUCUCAUCAUGGUUGGGAACCACUGGUUGUACCAGAGGGUAAGCUGCAAGGCUGCAGGGGUGACAACAGCAGUUGCAUCAGGUACCCCCCACAAGAAGGAAGAGGCAUUGAUCAAGAACAGCUAUUCCAAGACAAGAGGGAUCCUGCUGACUCAUCCCAGGUGAUGCCUUGGUCACAUCCAACUGGAACAACCACCUCUGAGAGAGGAGAUGCACACAGCCUAGGCUGUAGUCCUUCAAGUUCAUCAGUUCAGCCCAAACUUCCCCUGUACAGAGGCUGCCACCCCAUAAUGCCUGCUGCUUACUCAUCUGUGCUUCACUCUCCUGAUACUGUACAGAAAACUAACCAAUGCUUCCAAACCAAAAGCCUGAAAACUUUGACUUCAAAAGUGGAUGGAGGCAAUGAGGAGCCCUAUAGGCCAGAGUUUCCCAGCACAAAGGGGCUUGUCCGCUCUCUGGCAGAGCAGUUUCAGAGAAUGCAGGGUGCCUCCACAAAGGAUGGUACAGGUUCCCAGGAUAGAAGUUUGCCAAAUAGUCUAAGGAAGAACUCUUCUUCUGACUCUAAGCCUCCUUUCCUACAGGGUCAAGGGAAAGGCCAUUGGCCUUGGGCAAAACAGCAAUCCUCUGUGGACGGUAGGGGCAGACUGCCUUCCUGGGAAAAGCCUGUUGAUCAUCCUUCUCUUGGCAUGAACUCUGGGCUACCUAAUGGUGAAACUUCUAGGGGAGGACAGCUCAGGUUGGCAGAGCCAGGUAUGUACCAAGGAAAGCCGUCUCAAGUGAGCAAUGCUAGGCCUAAGGAGCUGGACAGUGGCAUUGACUUGGGGACUUCCUUGCCUUUGGAUUCCUGGGUGAAUGUCACAAGGCUCUGUGAUUCUCAGCUUAAACAUGGGGUCCCUGUGCCAGGAAUGAAGUCCUCCCCCUACGAUUCCCAUAUCUGUGUAGCCUAUCCAGAAAUAAACCACAUCCAUUUGCAUCCACAUUGGAACCAAGACACAGAGCAGGAGACCUCAGAAUUGGAGUCUCUCUACCAGGCCAGUCUUCAGGCUUCUCAAGCUGGCUGUUCUGGAUGGGGGCAGCAAGAUGUGACCUGGCAUCCACUUAGUCUAACAGGCUCUGCAGAUGGUAUGGGGAGGAGGUUGCACUCAGCCCCUGGCCUUGGUCUCUCAAAGACCCCAACAGCAGAAAUGGAGCACAGUCUCCAUGGAGCCAGCACAGUGCCUGCUUCUCAGGCUGCACAUUGCCGAGGCCGCAGCAGAGGGUGUGGGAAGGAUGAUCAGUAUGGUGCAGAGAACUUUCGCCGCAUCUCACGCAGUCUCAGUGGCACUGUUGUCUCAGAGAGGGAAGAGGCUCCAGUUUCUUCCCACAGUUUUGAUUCAUCAAACUUGAGGAAAAAGCCUUUGGAAACCGGGCACCGUUGUUCCAGCUCCUCUUCCCUCCCUGUCAUCCAUGACCCUCCUGUGUUUCUCCUUGAUCCCCAACUCUACCCACCCAAACCACAGUUCCUGUCCCCAGAUGUCUUGAUGCCCAGCGUGGCAGGGGAGCCUUAUAGACCCCCAGGAACUUCGAGGAGUGUCCAGCAGUUUCUGGCUAUGUGUGACAGGGGUGAAACUCCCCAAGGGGUCAAGUACACAGGAAGGACUUUGAACUACCGCAGUCUCCCCCAUCAUUCCAGAACAGAUGCCUCCUGGGGACCAUGGUCAGAGACCCACCAGCACAUUGGGGCCAGAUUCCUGACUACUCCAGGAUGCAAGCCUCAGCUAAUGCACACUGCCACACUACCAGAAAGACGCCACGGCCUUCAGGUUCCUCAUGCUCAGUCCUGGGAGGAUCUUUUCCAUUCACCCUCCCACCCUCCCAUUGUUCACUCCAUGUCUCCACCAUCAAGCAGUCUUCAUGUACCCCUAAGGUCUGCUUGGAAUUUGGGUCCUGUUCCAGGGUCUCGAGCCCCUGGUCCUCGAAGAGUAGAUAUGCCCCCAGAUGAUGACUGGAGGCAAAGCAGUUAUGUCCCGCAGUCUGGGCACAGGAGGACAGAGGGAGAAGAGUUUCCGUUUGUUCUAGCAGAUGCCCCUGAAAGAGAGCAGAUCAGGGCUAGAGCCCUGCAGCACAGCAGGUGGUAACGGUCACCCCUGUCCUUUCCUGGAGCCACAGCUUUCUCUGUUAAACCGAUGUGGCAGAGUUGGUACCCUGCAUCUCUACCAGGAUUGUGCUAGUCUCAUCUCAACAUAGAGUUGGCAGUUUCUCCUAGGGGUGCCAGGAACAUCUAACAGGACUUGGCUCUUUGAGAGGGAAUAUUUGAAAUUCCAAUUUCCAUUCACCUAGCAAAAGGAAGCAGCUGCUGUUUAGGGCUUAUUUGAUCCACUUUAAAGAUGAAUUCAUAUUCCUCUGGAUACUAGCCAUUCCUUAGGAUCUUAGGGUUACCAUUUUAUUCCUGGAUACUUUAGGCCUUCACCUGCACCUGAUCCCUUAUCUAAUUUUCCCUGCUAUAUUACCUACUUCUAGUCUUUGUUUUAUCCAUCUAUCCCUGUUAUCUGACCUUCUGUCUUCCCCAUACCCCAUCCUUUGAGGGACAUGUAGUCCCGUGGUCAUGGUCCUGACCACAUCAUUCAGGGCAGCCUACCUGCCCAGGUAUUAUGGACUGUCAGUCUUCCCUGUGUCCCCAAACCUUAGGUGUAGAAUGCAGAGGUGCCAACAUAACAUUUGCCCCUCUGAACAGAUGGAGUCAGGCACACUAACACACCCUCCUGUUCUUAGCAGCAGAGCCAUUACUGCUACUUGCUCAGUCGCCAUUAUAAACCCUCAAAGUCAGCUGAACUGUUUUAGGGUCAAACAUACUGUUUUUGUAAAGUAUUUUUCAUGAAUAAAUCUGUAAGAUAGUUCUGUUUAA